AUGGUUAAUCUCCGAACCGUACUUCAAUCCAAUAAUCGCCUCUCGGACGCGGAAGGACCCCAGGUUGCUCUAUUCGUAGGCGCAACAUCCGGUAUUGGUCUGGGAAUCCUCAAGGAGUUUGCACAGCACGCUGUGAGCCCUCGAGUUUAUAUCGUUGCCCGUAACGCUGAGACCGCAGCUCCUCUUGUUGAAGAACUACGCCUUAUAAACCCCGGUGCUACAUUCGAAAUCAUCGAGAGGAAUGUCUCGCUCAUCAAAGACGCCGAGAAGGUAACGGAGUUCAUCAAAUCCAAGGAGUCCUCAUUAGACUUGCUUUGCAUGUCUGUAGGCUUUUUCUCGCUUGAUGGAAGACAAGAUACAACUGAGGGCCUUGAAGCCAGUUUGACAACUCGUUAUUACUCCCGUAUUCGGAUGGCCCAGCUUCUAGUCCCUCUACUCAACCAGUCCAAAAGCCCACAUGUGCUGUCUAUCCUGGCAGGUGGACAAGAAGGAUCCCUACAUGAAGACGACUUGGGUUUGGAUAAUCCUAAGAACUUUUCUGUUGGCUCUGGUAACUCUCAUGCUACUACCAUGAUGACAUUCGCACUGGAACACCUCGCUGCCGAGAAUCCUCGCAUCAGCUUCGUUCACGCUUUUCCUGGCAUCGUGGCUACCCCGCUGUUCAAUCGUAUUGCCGGUGGUAUCUUGGGCAUGGUGAUCCGUUACGUGGUAGCUCCAGUGCUCAAGCUCUUUCUCAGGAGCGUAACUGAAGCGGGCCAAAGGGGAUUGUUCAUUAUCACCAGUGCACGUUAUAGUGUGGACGAUGGCAUAGUCCCGCUGGCUGGAGACUUACAGAAAGCUCAACGGACCGAAGGUGGUAUUUUUACCAUUGAUCAACAUGGAGAGGCUGGCGACAAUGCGAAGGUUCUUGAGGAUUUCAGGAAGCGAGGUGUGGAUAAGAAAAUUUGGGAUCAUACUAUGAAUGUUUUUGCUAUUGUUUCGUCGCGCUAA